GGCGCAUAUGUUGCGAAUCGGACUCAAAUGUGAGACCGAGAGCGAAUUCUCAUCAAUCGAUAACCACUCCGCUAGCCUACUGCAUGUGGUUAAUUCCUUGAUGGGCCCUUUUUUACUCAUUACGAACUUCCUGACUGGAUUGUGGUGCCUCAAUCAAUUUUUUCACGUCCUUUGUGCAGAUUCUAAAGACACCAUGCAAAACAUCACAGUGAGGAGAGGAGAACAUUGUACUCUCCCAACUGGUAUUGACAGACGCUCGAACAUUAUGAUACUGUGGAGUUUCACUACAUUUGAUAAACAAUCAUCGUUUGCUAUGGCCCAGCUGUAUAAGGACGAAGCGGAAAUAACCCCUACUGAAUUGUUUGGAAACAGAUUGCACCUGGACAGACAGACUGGAUCUCUUACCAUCAAGGAUAUUACCUUCACGGAUUCUGGUGUAUAUCAACUUCUAAUACGACAGACAGGCCUACAGGAAUCACACGAGAAAUUCUAUCUGUUCGUUUAUGGUGAUGUAGGUAAACCCAAGGCGACUGUCCUACAACAUUACCACAGCAGAAGAAAACUAAAUACAAGCUGUUCAGUGGAGUGCACUGUGGAGAAUGGGAGAGAGGUGACCCUGUCCUGGUACAGAGGAAAUUACAUGUUGAACCAGAACAGCAGUCCUGAUCUCAACAUGACCCUCAGAGUCCCUCUUGAGGUUGAACACCAUGACGACAGUAUCUACAGCUGUGUGGCUGGAAACCCAGUUAGCCACCAGACAACUUUGCUCAACAUCCCUGCCACCUGUUCUGCCCCCCCAGACUCUGUCAGGUCAAAGAGCAGCUAUUCUUUACUGAUUGGAUUGCUGCUCAUUCUGAUUCUGAUAUCAUUCUGCGUUGUGUUACCAUUCUGCUUCAAAAGAAAACUGAAGACUGAGAAUCCCUCUGAAGUGGAGACCCAUUAUAUAUAUGUAAAUUAUAAUGCAACGAAGGUCCAGGCAAAGGUGAGAUGUGAAGGCACUCUUUACUCAGAGGUUAAAUACAUGGCUGGCAUCCAGGACGAUGUUUUGAUUUGUUGAUUUGUUUGUUUGCAUUGUUGUGUGAAAAUGUUACUUUGACAGAAUGUUAGUCCUCACUGCCUUCAUUCCCCUUUUGUGUAUCUUAAGGCAUUUAAUUGUUUUUCCAUGCCUACAUAUUUUGCUGAAUGUCACUGUUGUCUAUAGAUUUCUGUUAAUUUUUUACCCUUAUGUUGUAUACAGUAUGUUAAGUAUGAGUUACCAGCAUAGAAUUUGACAGAUUACAAUAAAUGCUGACCACCACUAUGAAAGCUUCAAAA